AAUUAUUCCUGGUGCUGUAUUUAUCAAGAAACACGUGUGGGCUUAUAACACAUUGAACGUUGAUAAACAGUGACAUUUAAUGUCAGUUCUUAACAACUGCUUUAGAAUUUUAAUGUAACAUCUCUGGAACAUGUCUGAUAUUGUCUUGGUUAUCGGUAGUGGCGGUCGGGAACACUGUUUAGCGUGGAAACUAGCGAAAUCAAAACAUGUUAGUAAAGUGUUUGUCUUGCCUGGAAAUGGCGGGUCUAAGACGGAUGAGAUGUACUAUUGUUCUACGACGAAAAUCGAAAAUGUAACGUCGAUAAACAUAGCAGAACACUCUGAAGUGAAGGCAUUUUGCUUGAAGAUGAAGGUUAGCCUGGUAGUCGUGGGCCCAGAAGCACCAUUAGCAGAUGGUAUUGUUGAUUAUCUUUCUGGUCAUGGUGUACUGUGCUUUGGACCAACCAAAGAGGCUGCAAGGAUUGAGACGAGCAAAGCUUUUGCCAAAGAUUUCAUGUCACGACAUGGCAUACCAACUGCACAAUUUAAAACCUUUACUGAUUGCAAGUCUGCAUGUGAGCACAUCCGCACUGUUGGUUACCCAGCGUUGGUUGUCAAAGCUAGUGGGCUUGCUGCAGGAAAGGGUGUGAUUGUUGCCAAAGACUGCGAUGAGGCAGAAAAAGCUGUUGUGGAUAUGUUGCAGGAAUGUGCUUUUGGGGAUGCUGGAAGCACAAUUGUAAUUGAGGAAAAGUUAGAAGGAGAAGAGAUUUCUGUGCUGGCUUUUUCCGAUGGGAAGACGGUUUCAAUAAUGCCUCCAGCACGGGAUCACAAGCGAGCAUUCAAUGGUGAUUUGGGACCAAACACGGGGGGUAUGGGUGCAUAUGCCCCUUGUAAAAAGGUAACCAAAGAAGAUUUAGAGUUUAUUUCAGACAAGAUUCUUCAAAAAGCUGUUGAUGGAAUGGCCCAGGAAGGCCACACGUUUGUUGGUGUCCUCUUUGCCGGGAUUAUGCUCACUGACGAUGGACCCAAGGUCCUUGAGUUCAACUGUCGAUUUGGUGACCCUGAGACACAAGUGAUACUUCCAUUGAUGGAAUCAGAUCUCUACGCAACUCUCAUGGAAGCUGUGAGUGGAGAUUUGACUUUGGCACUUCCUUCGUGGCAUGAUGGCAGAGCUGCUGUCGGUGUUGUUCUAGCCAGUGGUGGAUAUCCCGGUCCUUCAAAAGGAUUUCCUAUUUAUGGCAUCGAGAAAUUUAAGGAUAGUAGAGACAUUCUUGUGUUUCAAGCUGGAACAACUUUUAAUGAAGAAACAAAACAAUUGUUGACUGCUGGAGGAAGAGUUCUAUGCACAGUGGCAAUAUCCAAUACAAUUGAGGAUGCUCAGAAGAAAGUGUAUCAUGCAGUCAAAGAAAUAUCAUUUUGUGAUGUUUACUAUCGAAAUGAUAUUGGGGAUAAAGCAUUUAGAAAGUUUAAAAUGUCAUAUUCAAUGGCUGGCGUUGACAUAAUUGGCGGAAGCCGACUGGUGAAUGAGAUCAAACCGCUCGCUGCCAAGACUUUUCGCACUGGAUGCAUGGGGGGACUUGGUGGUUUUGGAGGGAUGUUUGAUUUGAAAGCUACUGGAUACAAGGAUCCGAUAUUGAUCAGUGGAACAGAUGGAGUUGGCACUAAGUUAUUGGUUGCUCAAAGCUGUAAGAGGCACUCGUCAAUCGGCAUCGAUCUCGUCGCAAUGUGUGUCAAUGAUAUCCUAGCUCAUGGCGCAGAACCUCUUUUCUUCCUUGAUUAUUAUGCAACGUCUCGAUUGAACGUAUCGGUGGCGAAGGAGGUCAUUGAUGGAAUUGCUGAGGGAUGCAGGAUAGCUGGUUGUUGUCUUUUAGGAGGUGAAACGGCUGAAAUGCCCGGGAUGUAUUCAUCUGGAGAAUAUGACUUGGCCGGGUUCGCUGUGGGUAUGGUCGAGCGCUCGCUGAUGUUACCAAGAGAGGAGGAUAUUACACCCGGUGAUGUUGUUAUUGGUCUUGCGUCAUCUGGAAUCCACAGCAAUGGAUAUAGUCUAGUCCGUAAGAUAGUUGAAAUGAGUGGCCUGCAAUUUGAUUCUCCCUGUCCAUUUGAUGUGACGAAAAGUCUUAGCGAUGUAUUACUUGCUCCUACGCGAAUAUACGUGAAUAGUGUUCUGCCACUGAUGAAAUCUGGGAAGGUUAAAGCUUUCGUUCACGUGACAGGAGGUGGCCUGAUAGAGAAUAUACCCCGGGUGCUACCCAAAAAUUUGGGUGUGUGCCUAGACGCUGGUGCGUGGAACAUCCCGUCGAUCUUCGGGUGGAUCAGUCGUGCAGGACAUGUGGAACCAACAGAAAUGCUCCGAACAUUCAAUUGUGGUUUGGGCGCCCUUUUGAUUUGUGCAAACGAAGAUUCUGUCGCUGUUCUUAAAAAUUUACAAAACAUUUCCGAACAAGCAAAUAUUGUGGGAGUUGUUCGCGAAAGCUCGGAAUCUGUCGUCGUCGAGAAAUUUAGCAAUCAGUUAAAGUUGUGCUGUUCGCAAAGUAUUGUGGGUAACGGUUUCUUUCAUAAGAAGCGCACCAAGGUGGGCGUGCUUAUUUCGGGAUCUGGUACCAAUCUGCAGGCACUUAUUAACCAAUCAGUAAAAUUCGACAGUUCGGCUGAGAUAGUUCUAGUGAUUUCGAAUGUUGAAGGCGUCCACGGUUUGACGCGUGCGAAAGAUGCCGGAAUACCAACAUUGGUGAUAAAUCACAAGAAUUUCUCCUCAAGGGCGAAUUUCGACAUGGCAGUCGAUGCUGCGCUCAACGAAUACGGCGUACAUGUGGUCUGUCUGGCGGGCUUCAUGCGAAUUUUGACUGGUAAAUUUGUGAGAAAAUGGCAUGGCAAGAUGUUGAAUACACAUCCUUCACUACUGCCAUCGUUUAAAGGGAUGCACGCUCACAGAGAUGUUUUGAACAGUGGUGUGAAAAUUAGUGGAUGCACGGUGCAUUUCGUUGCGGAGGAGGUUGAUGCUGGUGCAAUCGUAGCUCAAGAAGCAGUUCCAGUCCUUCCCAAAGACACGGUUGAAAGCUUGCAAGAGAGAGUAAAGAAAGCUGAACAUAUCUGUUAUCCUAAAGCGCUGGAGCUGCUGGCAAGUGGUCAAAUUGUAUUGGGCGACGAUGGCCGUGUAGAGUAUCAAUGGUAGCGAAAACUGGGGUUGAGUUUUUCUUUGUUCUCCCAUGUUGAUUCGUUAUAAAUGUUAUGAACGAGGAUGCGGCUUGCAACGGAAAGAAAUAUAUGUAUUCCUUUACAAUGCUUUUUACGGAAACUACAAGUGGAGUUUUAGUUGUGUUAUUGUCGUGUUUUUGUUUGAUUUGUUUCAUCUGAUCUUUGUUCAUAUAUAUCGUAUACGUUUUUGUCACCCAUAAACAUUUUUACACUGAACGUUUGUUGUCAAUCGUUUCUCGAUAAGAAAAUAUUGGUGGAUUA